AUGGUUGAUCCCUACGAGGCUCUCAGCAGUGAUUUCAUUCCCACAGCCAAGGUCCUUGACCACUUCGAGACGGAAAUAAACCGAGCGAUCCCGGACGGCAUUCUCUCGGCGGAUGGAAAGGAGAGGCUGAAGCCCAGGAUCGCACUCCUUGCGGGCGCCGAUCUUAUCCAGACGAUGAGCCAGCCCGAAGUUUGGAGCCGAGAUGACCUCGAGCAUAUCCUCGGCCGAUUCGGAGCCUUCAUCAUUGAGAGGGCCGGAACCGAUAUCCACCAGGCGCUGUCCAGCCUUCAGCCCUGGAGGGAGAAUAUCCAUGUUAUUCAACAGGUGUUCCAGAAUAACAUGAGCAGUACGCAGAUUCGCUUGCACAUUAAGCGUGAUAUGAGCGUUCGCUACCUCAUCCCUGACCCUGUUAUCGACUACAUCGAAAAGACCGGUCUUUACCAGGAGAGGCAGCCAUCACCUGCGGCGAGCAUUGCGGGAUCCUCCGGCAGCCAAUAG